GGCAGCACAAACAGGGAUUUUCCGGCUGCUUAGUUGCCCACCGUUUAUACUUGUUAAGACAGGGUGGAGCACCGACGUGGGAAACUGCAUGAAAUCCUUAUACACGCAGUGUCCCGCUCUCAAGGACGAUGCGGCAGCGACGGGUGGAUGGUAUAAUGCUGAAUUUAGGCUUUUCCUUGGUGCGCUGUGCAGUACCACGGUGGGACCGGUGAAAUAUCUACGUGCUCUCAGUCACUGUAACGAAGAAGAUGAGGAUGCGUUAGACGGCUGCUGCAAUCAUCUCGAUAUGCCUGCCGGGAGUGGAGAGAAUGAUAAUGCAUCCGUUGCCCACCAGAGAUUCUGCAACAAACUGAAAAAGACUGCGAGUUAUUUUGACGGUGCUCACGACGUUGCUGCAAAAUGCGGACAGGAUGUUGAACAAGCGCUUAAAGACGCAUUUAAGCAGGCGCACACUGCAUACUGCAAGAAAUGAUUGUGUAAUUGGCAAACCGACUGCAGUAAUUUAGAUUGUUUUUUUGAUAAGCUCGACGGCAUGCUCGUUACAAAAACAAAUUACCUAGCAUCUGAAUAAAUGUCUCUAAUGACAUUGAACUUUGCUGAACACCUUCGAAGGUUGCACGAGACGGCCAUGUUGUCUGCCAAACCGUUAUGUUCAUGAAACUGUUGGUAUACUGGCACUAAUAAUAAUUAAAGACUAU